AUGGGCAGCGUAGAACUCGGGAACCAAACGAGUUCUGCAAACCAGCACAUGGAUCAGACACAAGCAGCUAGAGGGCAAUCUCCUAGCCAAGAUGAGAAGCGGGAUCCCAAGACACCUCUGGGUGUUUUUGAAAACCAAAGCUCUGUGGAUGAGCCAUGCACGAGAACAGUCAUUAAGUGGAAACACGGCGACCCUGAAAAUCCUUACAACUUCUCAAAGACAAAAAAGUCGGCGAUUUUGGUCUCAGCCAUAUGCCUUCUUGUCAAUAGUACGAUGGGCAGUUCGCUUCCCAGUAACGCUAUUCCCUACAUUCUCCACGAAUGGAGUGUUACAACUCAGGAGCAGGUUAUCCUAUCUAUCUCAGUCUAUCUGAUCGGAUACGUGCUUGGACCAAUCAUCUGGGGGCCAUUGAGCGAACACAUAGGGCGUCGUAACAUUACUAUAACGACCUUUGUACUUUUCUUGAUAUGGACUAUGGCCGCUCCGCUAGCUCCUAGUUGGCCCUCUUUCCUCAUAUUUCGUUUCCUCGCUGGUGCGGUCGGUGGUGCUCCGAUUGCUGUUACCGUAGGUAUCAUGUGUGAUAUCUACAGUGACCCAAGAGAACGCGGAACUUCAAUGGCUCUGUUCAUGUUGCCGAAUCUCUUUGGGCCUUUGCUUGCUCCUGUGAUCUCAGGGUAUUGUUCCACGACAAUAGGCUGGCGGUGGACAUUCUGGAUCGCUCUCAUCUAUGGGAGCGCUUGCCUCCCAGCAAUUCUCUGGGUCCCAGAGACUUUUGGACCUGCUCUUCUGACUCGGCGAGCCAAGAAAAUUCGUGAGGCUGAUCCCACUGCCCAGAUAUUUUCUAGGGCAGAGCUAGAGCCUCGCGAUUCAAAGCAGCUUGUUACCCGCGUUCUCACGAGACCCAUCAAUAUGCUUGUUUCGGAGCUCAUCGUAUCCAGCACGUGCGCAUAUUUAGCAUUGUGCUAUGCUAUAUUCUAUAUGACCUUUCAAGCCUUUCCGCUUAUAUUUCGAGAUUUGUAUGGAUUGAGCCCUGGAGUAACCGGCCUAUGCUUCCUGCCAGUCGGGGCUGGGUGUAUCAUGGCGCUACCUAUAGCCUUUUUAUGGGAUGAUUACCUCUCAUCCUCGAAAGCCAGAGGGGACCCAUGGACUAAGAAACAAGAGAAUUACCGCCUCCCUCUUUCUAUUGCUGGUGGCCCAAUGUUUGCCAUCUCACUCUUCUGGCUUGGGUGGAGCGCCCGCAAAGAUGUAUCCUUUGUCGUUCCGAUGCUCGCUGGCGUUCCAUUUGGGUGUGGCUUCACGCUCAUCUUUAUAGCAAUGCUCAACUAUCUCACCGACGCCUACGAGAUCUACUCUGCCAGCGCCAACGCGGCCUCUAGUGGCACUAGAUCCAUUCUUGCGGUGGUUCUUCCAUUUGCUACCUUGCCGAUGUUCGGGAGGCUGGGCAUUGCGGGCGCCUGUAGUCUCUUGGGCGGUCUGAGCGGCAUCAUGUGCUUCAUUCCAUUCGUCUUCAUAUGGAAAGGCGAGCGUAUUAGAGCAAGAUCUAAAUUUUGCAUUGCUCUGAAGGCGCAGAAAUGUGAGAUGGGGGAGAGGUCUAAGGGAAUUGAGUCAUCAGGCCAAUAA